AUGUCAGAUUUAAAGCAAUGGGCAGCUACUUCAUCUGGUGCUUCCUUAUCAAAGAUAUUUAUUGGACGAAUGAUAAAAAGCCGUGAAAUAGGUAAACGUGUAAGGUCAAUAAGUCAUCACGCAUCGCUUAUGCCAAAUACAUCCAGUGCUUCGGAAAAGCUGAUAAAUUUGCAUACAUCAUCUCUUGCAAAUAAAUCCAAUGCUUUCACACCAAGUGAAAAAGCUAAUUUUGUCAAUAGAUUUCUUCCUAAUAAAUGGACAGAUGUUGAUAAGCUUGAUUCGGGAUUAUUUCGUUGUAUACAUUUGCCAAAUGAAAGAUUUGUUACUAUAGGUCAAGAUAAAAGUUUACGCUUUUAUAUUCGUCAACCACCACGUUAUCAAUUCAUUGAUCAAAUUGGUAUCCCAAAUAAUGGAUUUAUUACUGAUUUUGCUCGUAGCACAAAAGGUGAUCAAUUGGCAUAUACAACUUCUAAUGCAUAUGCUCGUAGUUCAAGAAGUGGUCUAUUUGGUCAUACAUCUGAUACAAGUGCUUAUCAUUGUUCUAUUGAUCAAAUUAAUGAUGGAUUAUUGCAAUGGAAUAGAUUUCAGCCAAACCAAGAAAGAAUACCUAGAAGACGAGAUGCAUUUUUUUCCAUUUGCUAUACAAUGGAUGAUCAAAAUCUAGUAAUUGGAAGAGCAGGUGGUCGUAUAAGUAUUGUGGGUGUAGAUGAACAUACUCAUUACUCAUUUGAUGGUCAUGAAAAUGAUGUUAAAGCAAUUCAUUGCUCUAAAGCUAAUCCAAAUCUUUUUUAUAGCGGUUGCAGUGAUGGUUUUUGUAAGAUGUGGGAUUGUCGUACGCCAAAUAAAUCUAUUCCACUUGCAAGUUCUUUUACAAAUGAUUAUGCAAUUACACAUAUUGAUUGUGACACUUUUGAUAGAUACGUUGUGAUAACUUCUGGUGGCGUAAAAUUUGAUAUUUUGGAUGUAAGACAAUUUUCUGAGGUUAUUUCAUUUGACAUAAAACAAAAGCACCAAGAAUCAAAUUUAUGGGGUGAUAUUCCAACUUUUUAUAAAGCAAUGACAAUUAAAAAACAAAAUCUAUCGGCAAUAUUCUGGCGAGUUAAAUUUUCACCAAGACGAACUGGACAUCGCUUUAUUUAUUGUGGUAGCAAUAUUGGAACUAUUAGUAUUUUUGAUAUUGUAACGGGUGAAAUGGUUAAAGAAUUCACUAGGGAUGAAUGUGAAGUGUACGACUGCAGUUGGCAUCCAAAUGAUAAUGAAAUCGUCAGUGUGUCGGUAAGAUCAGUUAGUUGA